AUGUACCAUCCUUCAUUCUCCAAGAACAUCGCUGCUUCGGUUCUGUGCCUGCUUAUGAUCAUCUCGGUGCUUGGUAGCACUACGAUAUCCGAAGCUCGCUCCAUCAGCCACUUAGAAUCCAGGCAAAGAAAGUCGGUUGGGGACGUUCCGGACCUCGGUGGCUUGGGAGGACUGGGAAGUAACGACAACGGAGGAGGCCUCGGCAGCCAAUGCAACAACGGAGGCCUUGAUACCGGAUGCCCUGCCGGUGGUCUGGGUGGUGACCACAUCGCUGUUGUCGAAGACGAAAAUGGCAACCCCUCGCUUACUUUCGUUGAAGUUGGAACUUCUCGGCGCCCGCUCUUUAACGUUCCGACUUCUGAGCAGGGAGAGCCUCGCCCAACAGCAUCUGCGUCAGGCAAUGACCCGGUCAACGAUAACGGGGCAGUUUCGGAAGCCAGACGAACGUUCUCUUGGUCCACAGUGGUCACUGCAAUGGGUAUCCUGGGUGCCAUCAUGGUACAGUGCUGA